AUGGCGAACCCCCACCCUGAAUUUCCAGGCUCGCGCCAGAACCUCGGUCAGCCCGCUCCCAAAGCUCCCCGCAAUCGCAAUCGCACCACCAUCCCACCACCACCCGCCACCUCCAACUCUCACCUCCCCCUCUCAACACACCCCACCAUGAAAAACAAGGAAGGCUGGGACGGCAAACUACGAAUGGAGCCCAAAGCUGUUAUCACGAAUCCAGAGGCCCUGGAGGAUUCAGACUAUUCGGAUCCGGAGGCACCGCCUGUGGAGGAGAUCGACGCGGAUGAGGAUCUACUGGCGGAUGAGGAUGUCAACGUGGAGGAUAUCGACCUGGUUCAUUGUCGCGUGUCGUCACUCUCUGCGCUGAAGUUGGAGCGGUUUACGAAGCUACAGAGACUAUGCCUCCGCCAGAACCAAAUAACACGCAUCAACUUCCCAUCCAAUCUCGGCGAGACCUUGACCGAACUUGAUCUCUACGAUAACCUCAUUUCGCACGUCAAGGGCCUGGAGGACUUCCACAACCUGACCAGCCUCGAUCUGAGCUUCAAUAAGAUCAAGCACAUCAAGAAUGUGGAACAUCUUAAGAAGUUGACGGAUAUCUACUUUGUCCAGAACAAGAUCUCGCGGAUCGAAGGGCUAGAGGGGUUGGAUAAGUUGCGGAAUUUGGAAUUGGGAGCGAAUCGGAUCAGGGAAAUCGAGAACCUCGACACGCUUGCCUCUCUAGAGCAACUCUGGCUCGGAAAGAACAAGAUCACCGAGAUGAAGAACCUGGACGCCCUCUCCAACCUCCGCAUCAUCUCCAUCCAAUCCAACCGCCUCACCAACAUCACCGGACUCUCCUCCCUCCCCAACCUAGAAGAACUCUACCUCUCGCACAACGCCAUCACCGACCUCUCCGGCCUCGAAUCCACCACCACCCUCCGCGUCCUCGACUUCUCCAACAACCAAGUCUCCCACCUCGAACACCUCGGCACACUAAAGAACCUGGAAGAGCUGUGGGCAUCAAAUAACCAGCUCACCAGCUUUGACGAAGUCGAGCGCGAGCUGAAGGAUAAGGAGAAGCUGGAGACGGUUUAUUUCGAGGGUAAUCCGUUGCAGACGAGUGGUCCGGCUGUGUACCGGAAUAAGGUGCGCUUGGCGUUGCCGAAUAUCAAGCAGAUUGAUGCGACGUAUGUACGAGUCUGA